CUGGGACGCGGGCACAGCCUUCCUGUGUGGUGACAGUCCUCAGCAGUGUCAUGGACCUGGGGAAACCAAUGAGGAGCCUGCUGGUGAUGGCCCUGCUUCUCCUGGUCCAGGUGUGUCUGUGCCAGGAUGGGGUCACGGAUGACUACAUUGGUGACAACACCACUUUGGACUACACCCAGUUCGAGACUGUGUGCUUCAAGAAAGACGUCCGGAACUUUAAGGCCUGGUUCCUGCCGAUCAUGUACUCGGCCAUCUGCUUCGUGGGCCUGCUGGGCAACAGCCUGGUAGUGCUGACCUACGUCUACUUCAAGCGGCUCAAGACCAUGACCGACGUGUACCUGCUCAACCUGGCCGUGGCUGACAUGCUGUUCCUGCUGACCCUUCCCUUCUGGGCCUACAGUGCGGCCCAGUCCUGGGUCUUCGGGGUCUGGCUGUGCAAGGCCAUCUUCAGCCUCUACAAGAUGAGCUUCUUCAGCGGCAUGCUGCUGCUGCUCUGCAUCAGCAUCGACCGCUACGUGGCCAUCGUGCAGGCGGUGUCCGCCCACCGCCACCGGGCCCGCGUGUUCCUCAUCAGCAAGCUGUCCUGCGUGGGCAUCUGGACCGUGGCCACGCUGCUGUCCAUCCCGGAGAUGCUCUACAGUGGCCUCCACGGAGGCAGCGGCGAGCAGGCACAGCGGUGCUCCCUCCUGCCCAAGGAGGAAGAGUCCCUGGUCCUCAUCCAGGUGGCGCAGAUGCUGUUUGGCUUCCUGCUGCCCCUGCUGGCUAUGAGCUUCUGUUACCUGGUCAUCAUCCGCACCCUGCUGCAGGCCCACAACUUUGAACGCAACAAGGCCAUCAAGGUCAUCAUCGCCGUGGUCGUGGUCUUUGUGGUCUUCCAGCUGCCCUAUAAUGGCGUGGUCCUGGCCCAGACAGUGGCCAGCUUCAACGUCACCUGUGAGCUCAGCAAGCAGCUCAACAUUGCCUACGAUGUCACCUACAGCCUGGCCUCACUCCGCUGCUGCGCCAACCCCUUCCUGUACGCCUUCAUCGGCGUCAAGUUCCGCAAUGACCUCUUCAAGCUCUUCAAGGACCUGGGCUGCCUCAGCCAGGAGCGGUUGCGACAAUGGUCCUCCUGCCGGCAUGCCCGCCGUGUCUCCAUGAGCACGGAGGCGGAAACCACCACUACCUUCUCCCCCUAGGGCUCCUCUGCCUGGAUGGUGGACCUCUCUCCCAGGGACCCUGGGGAGGGGACAGGGAGCAGAAAAAAAGAAGAAAAAUAGGAUGAUCCAGGAGCCUCCCAACAGGUGCUGCCUGCUGACAGCGGGAUGUCAUGAAGCCCUGGCUACCUCAACCCAGGCCCGAAAGAGACACUAGUGCCACCAUGGAGGAGGCCACUCGAGACACCACAGCCUUCCCAAGUGCAGGGGGCGGGGCUGGGGAGCAGUGGAUGGUGCAGGGGACCACUCUGUCCUCUGAACCCACCUUCCUGUCAUUUAGCAAGGAAUCCUCCUGGGCAGAGUCUGGGGUAGGAAACCGGGCUAUUUGCUGGAGACCACCAACGGCCAGUGUGGCGAGGGCAGGCCACCAGUCCACCCUGCAUGCCUUCCUCCCUUGUAUUUCCACGGUCAUCCAUGCCGGCAGGCGCCCUCUAAGUGCUCCCGUGCCUGCGCGGGACAGACAGACAGACUGAUAUGCUCUUGUCUCCCGCGGGGCCAGAGCAGGCACUUGGCUCCACCAAGGACCCACGUUCCCAGCCACAGCUCCAGAGCACAGCAGAGUGUCCACCCAGGCCUCGAUUCUGCCAAAGGAGCAGACGAGAGGGCAGGGAGGACAUAUCAGGGACAAGGGAGGAUGACCAUGCUGGCCGUCAAAGGCCAGUGAGCUCCUUCUCGCCUCUGUCGUAGGAACGGGGUGGGGAAAGAGCCAUCCCUCCUUUUCUGCUUCCAGUUCGUUAAGAGAUGACAUCUUAUUCAUGCAGAAAUAAAGUUUCCCCUGGGGAAACGACAGCUUUAAAGAAGGGAAAACAUCGUGGGUCAGAUGAGCAAGUUCUUCACUGCAUCCUGUCCCUUUCCCCACAUGCCCAGCAAGGGCCUGCACUCCCAGAGCGGCCACUGGCAGCAGCCCAGGACAGGGGCUGAGGACACAGUGUCCACCUGGCAGAUGCCCUUCCAGCAUGUGGGGCAGGGAAGCCCACCCUGGGCAGCCAGCAGUGAUCCAGAGACACGGGAUGGGGCAGCGGAGGUUUGGAAAGGCCGAGUGGUCCAGCACCCUUUCCACAGGGACUCUCAGCCCUCAGCAGCAUUAGCUGACCAUUCUGCUGACCUGUCGCAGCUCUGCCCAGAACAGGAGCCCUGAUCUCUGUCCUUCCCAGAGCUGGGAUGUGGAGGAAGCACCUUUCCCUGUAAUAAAGGGUCUCAGGUGGGACACACGAGACAGGCCGGGUGGGCAGGCCCGCCGCCCAAACAGGACCCUGCAUAAUGGCCCCUAGCCGCCACGGCCCUCCACAACACCACGUGUAUCUCCAUGGAUUCUGCUGCUGUGACAAAACAACACAGGCUGAGUAGCUGCUAAGCUACAAAAAUGUA